CCGUUGGAAGCGCGUCAUAAAUACGCACUGACGUUGUUUAUAUUUUGUGCAAAUAAAUCUAAUUUAUUAAUUGUAAUAUUGUGAUUUGUUGUGAGUGUGGAUUAUAAUGUAAAUUGGUUGUUUUAUGCACUAAGAGUUGGAAUAAUAUAAUGUAUUAAAAUCUACAUACGGAACGAUGUCAAACAACACUGUCGGCUCAUCCGGGCCAGCUCCCGGCAAAAUACGUGGACCUGGAAGACCUCCAAAACGUACAUGCACUUGGUGUGCUGAAAGUAAAACACCACUAAAAUAUGUCCUGCCAACCGAAAACGGUAAAAAAGAAUUUUGUUCAGAAACGUGUUUGUCUGAAUUCAGACAGGCAUACAGCAAAGGCGCCUGUCUUCAUUGUGAUAAUGUUAUUCGUGGUAAUGCACCUUCAAGUAGUAAGAAUUUUUGUUCCACAUAUUGUUUAAACAAGUAUCAAAAGAAAAACGAGAAACGUACUUCAUCACCACAAUCGGGUAAUGGGGCUAAUGGAACAGAAAAUCAUGCGAAUAAUAAUUCUACAGGUUCCUUUUAUGACAUUUACCAAGCUUUUGACUGGAAUGAAUAUAUGAAAGACACUAAUAGUGUAGCAGCCUCUCAAGAAUGUUUUAAACAGGCUCCAAUGCCCCCUGUAAAUGACUUCAAAGUUGGAAUGAAAUUAGAAGCAUUAGACCCACGUAAUUUGACAUCAACAUGUAUUGCGACCGUUGUUGGGGUGCUAGGUCCUCGACUAAGACUGAGGCUUGACGGAAGUGAUAAUAAGAAUGAUUUUUGGCGUCUUGUUGAUGCAGGAGAUAUUCACCCAAUUGGUCACUGUGAAAGAAAUGAUGGCAUGCUGCAGCCACCGUUAGGGUUUCGGAUGAAUGCCAGUAGUUGGCCCAUGUUUUUACUUAAAACUUUAAAUGGUGCUGAAAUGGCUCCAGCUAAAGUCUUUCAACCUGAACCUCCAACUCCUAAGUCAAAUGUGUUUGUUGUUGGACAAAAAUUAGAGGCAGUAGAUAAGAAAAAUCCACAACUCAUUUGUUGUGCCACUGUUGGGGCAGUGAAAAAUGAUCAGAUACAUGUAACAUUUGAUGGGUGGAGAGGUGCAUUUGAUUACUGGUGUAGGUAUGAUUCAAGAGACAUAUUUCCAGUUGGUUGGUGUGCUAGGGCUGGGCACCCUUUACAACCUCCUGGUCAGAAAAGUGCUACAACUCCAUCAAGAUUCAAGCUAAGGCCUAGUGGUAUGCCUAAUCCGGCUUUACCAGAAGGUGGAUCUACAGGAGCUGGGAACUCGAAUGCUUCUGUAACACCCACACCAGUAGCCACAGUGUGCCUCCGCAUCCGCAGCAGUUGUACCGGUGGUAGCAGCUCUUUACCAACUUCUGUAUUAGGGACUGGCCCAUCUGGAGCUGCUGAAGCUUUGGUCAAGGAAUUGCUCAGUGUCCAUCCUGACCCUCAAAGGUUGACAAGAGCAAUACUCACAGCAUCUAGUAGCUAUUCUAAUAUAACAAAUGUACAGGUUUCAUCAGGAAAUAAAAACUAUUCAGUGAAAGUCCCAUCAGAGUUGACAAUAGAUGAACUUAAAAAUUGGUUGAAAGCUGUUACUAGUGGAGUUGGCAGCUGUAUUGGAAUGAUAGAGAUAGACACUGGUGAGGCUGCUGGUCGGCCUUGCACCCUUUGUGGAGAAUCUACAUCUAAUAAUAAUGUCAUAACAUCUGGUGUAAAGAGGCCUAAUAAUGAGGAGAGUGCAGCAAGCAGUGUAAAUGGGUCGGGUGAGUGCUCGAGUGGCAAGUUGGCACGCGUGUCCCCGGAGCGACCCGAGCCAGCUUCCUCUACGACAGGGGCGCCGCCUCCGCCCUCGCCAGCCACGCCGCCCGCCGACUGGUCCGUCGAAGAUGUCAUCGGGUUUAUCGCAGCCGCUGACCCUGCCCUUGCCGCUCAUGCCGACUUAUUUAGGAAACAUGAAAUAGAUGGAAAAGCCCUACUGUUGCUAAAUUCUGAUAUGAUGAUGAAAUACAUGGGUUUAAAGUUAGGUCCUGCUUUAAAAAUUUGCAAUCUUGUAUCCAAAAUAAAAAAUCGCCGGCAUUAUAGUACCUAAGUUUGUACUAUAUUGUGUACUAGGUAUUCAAUAUUAUUACAAUAAUUCACUCCUAGAGUUAGAAACUAUAAGUUUCUUAGUUUUUUUAUUAGUAAGCUUUUUUUGAAUUAUAACGAGACAAGUAAUAUCUUCAAUUUUUCAAUGCUGGAAUCUGCUUUAUUUUUUUGAAUCUCACCAACAAUGCGUAGUUGUUUUUAAACCUUAUGAUUCAUGAGAAGUUUCAAUUUACGUUAUUGUUUCUGUUUUGUUUUCUAAAUCAAAGUUGUGAUCGAAAGCAAUGUAUGAGUACCUUUAUAUGUGUAAUUUUAACGAUUUUUCGAACUUACAUACAAUCCAUUUCUGACGCCCACUUCAUGCUAACGGCUGGGUGUUAUGUUGAACUGGUAUGGUUCGUAAUUCAAUUAAUCAACCCAUGGAAAGGAUUUGCCUACCUCCACAUAAUAUUUAAUGUAUACAUAUAGAUACACACCCAGAAAUUUUACUUAAAUGACUUGUUAAAGAUACCGAUAUUUAGAACUCUGAGUUCCUGGUACAAAUUUGUAGCAGAUAAGUUAUAUGUGUAGAUAUGACUGAUCUACGGAUUAAAGAUAAUUAACGACAAUCAGAAAAUUAUAUAUUAUAUUACAAAGAAUGUGGUCAAUCGUCAAAAUGUUAUAUUAGUGAAGAUUUUAUUAAAUGCAAAUUAAAUUAAUAAUAAUUAAUAAGGAUGAGACUUCAGAGCAAAAUUCAAAUAUUGCUUGAAUUAGUACCUCUUUAAUUACAAACUUUCUUCAUUUUCGAUUAUCUUACUAAAAGCAAAGGUAUUUUUAAACUAAAAGUCGUAACAUUUAUUCUUCAUCAAACAUACGGCAGCAUAAUAUAUUAUUUUUUCAAUGAUUUCUAACUGUAAAGAAUUUGCUCUGAAAACCCAUUUCCAUACUUCACAAGACUUCUGUAAUGCGUACGGAUUAACAGAAACAUCUUAGAGAGCGUUUUCUUAGCUCAAUUUUAUGAAUAUGAAGUCAAUACUUGGCUUACCAAUAAUAUAUAUAGCAAUAUAUAUAGCAAUAAGAAAAAAAAUAUAUAGCAAUUUUUUUUUUCUACUAAUUGGUGAUAAUAUUUCCUGAAUGAAUCUAGCGAACGUAGGGACAAAACUUCCUUAUAUUUCCUGCGGGGUUAUUAUGACGUCAUUAAGUCAGAAUGGUUCCAUUUAGGGAAAGAAACAGAGCUAUACAAGUCGUCUAGCGCGAUCGCGUACCACUCUGGCUUUAAUAUGUCGUAAUACGCCACCUGGACUCUAAUAUAACGAAAUAUACCCGUAUUCAAUACAGAAGUACUUAUAAUACUUAUAAUAAGUAGUAUAAAUGUUUGACGAGUUGUUGAAAGUAUAGUAUAAAAAUAUAAAACGUGCGUUAUUCUCAAGCAUUUCUCUUGUAACAAACUUAAAUUCAUGAAAAUGUCUCAUGUCGAUCAUACAGUUCAGUCUCAAACUUGCAGGGCACCUUCUGUCGUAUUAUAACUAUUAUUAGUAGUAUUGGAGUUAGAAAAUAACCUCUAAGUACUGGUAUUUUUCUAUCUCCCAUAUUUUGAGUAUUAUGAAGUCUUUUUCUCAAGUUGCGAGGUUAGACUGUGUUAUUAUUUUUGUCGCAUAAUUGUGUUACAGGGAAGGGAGGAUUGCCUAAACGUUAUCGAAAUUGCAAUAAUAAAUUUCUUAAGUUAUCUAGUAGCUUGAAUUUAAUAAGACCAUUGUUAAAACUAUAAUAUUUAAGGUAUCAACUAUAAAGCACAGUCUCCACUCUUGACAUUUCUUCAAGUGAUUUUUUUUUGUAAUAUUAAUUUAGUCAUGUAAAUAGGUAUAUCAAUGAGUAAAAAUUGCAUUUAAUGUAGUAAGAGCUCAUCUAGCAUCUUGCGUAUUAUUCCAUAAAUUCGUAAAAAUAUCUGGCUGUACUAUUUAGGUUUUAAUUUAAUUGUACAUAAAUAUUGGCUAGUCAUGCGUCAACAUGUUGCCUGAACGCUAUAAGUACAUAAAUUAGUAUGGAACUCAAAUUCAAAACCAUGUACAGAAAUUUUAUUGUAGAUUAGGGUCUUAGUGCCUUUCAGUAAAUAACUAGGUGUACUUAAAUUGUCCCAAUAAUUAUGUCCUCAUUUAGGUAAAUUAGCGCUCUAUGACACCAACAGAAGCUGUGAUUUUAUAAGGCGAAUUGACUACUCAAUGUCCAUGAAAUCGUCUUUCACAAUAUUUCUCAAUAUUUCUCACCAAUACUUUUUUAUCAACCUGUAUCAAAAUGUUUAUUGAACAUUCUUUUCAAUCGUACUUUUAUUGUUUGUUCCUUAAAAGAUUAUUAAUAUAAUAAAUAAUUGUAAUUGUAACAUUGAAGACAUAUUUUAUUUAUAAAGCUAUGAUGGUAUUUAAUUUAGGCAUUUUCAUGCAUUAUUGUGUUGAAACAUUCAUCAUGUGAUAUUUCAAUGUUAUCUGUUAAAAAUAAUAAUAAUAUUAAAAGAUUGAUAUGUUGCUAUGAUAAUUACGUGAUGUAUAUUUAAGUUUUCACAUGACAUGAGGUAAAUAAGUGAAGUAGUUAUAUAAUUUUUCCUAUUUUGUUGAUGUAAAUAUUCUAGUAUAGAUAAUUUUAUUUUAAGAGGGAGUGAUCCAUUGGCGUUGGUCUAUCACAUACUUACUUAUUGAACAAUAAAUCUUAAUUAUUUCACUUUAAUUUAUAGAACAUCGUUAUCCUAACAUCGUUAUCCUUGUAAGCAGAGUGGUCUAUAGAUUUAUUUAUCUAGUUGCGAUUACUUAAUAUCGUUUCGUCGCGUAACUUAAUUUACUCAGUCAGCAUCAAGUUAAUGACCAAAGUAUGUAUCUUGGUUCGAAUCAUAUUACAAAUCAUAACGCCUUAUAUUCGAUUGAUGUUUAAACUAUUUUACUAAAAUAAAAGUAAUGUAAGUCUAUUUUAAACUAUUUCUCAUAGUUCCGUCAAAUGUUUUGAGUAGAGCAUUUAAAGGUACUGCUACACAUGCUUAUUUUAAGCAUGAUAGCAUGCUACAAUUGAGAACUUGCUACUUAGUAGCAUGCAUGUGGGAAUGUUGCUCAAAUGGCCUAAUAAGCGUGCGAUUUUUGAGCAUGCUCAAUAUAACGUUCUUUAAUAUGCUAUUUUAAAGCAUGUGUAACACAGUACCAUAAGCCUAGGUUCAGAUGGCAAGCACUAAAAGCGCAUUUUGACAACGCAUGUUUUCAACUACAAUAGGUACACUACGCUGUACACAAGCUAACUGGCGCAAAACCUAAGGCCUGAAUAAAACAUAAGUACUUGUACCUUGUAUGAGGUAAAUGCGCGUUGUCAAAACGCGCGCUUAGCGCUUGCUAUCUGAACUUAGCUCAAGUCUUUGGCUUUAGGCGAUUACUAUUACUGUCAAGUUAACUUUGAAAUACUUUAAACGACGUGUUGCUACUUCUCAAUUUAGAAAUUGCUUGAACCACGAAAACAUACAUGUUAUAAACAAUAUUGAAUAUUUUUAAGUAUAUCGAAACUGAAUAAAUUAUGUUGAGAUAGUAAAGACUUAUAUGCAGUUCGGUAAUCCAUGUUUUAAUGAUAUAUUUUUUUAUCAAUACAUACAUAGAAUAUCAUUAUGAAUAAUUAAUUGUGUAUUAUUUUGAAAAGGCAAUUGGAAAAAUAAACAGGUAGCAAUACUGUCAAAACAAUGUUCUGUUAGAACGCUUUGUAUCAACUUUUUGAUCACCACAAUCAAGGACGACAAACCAGAAUGUGUCCAGUAUGCCACGUAUCUUAUGAUAACAAAAACUUAAAAUUUCGUACUAACUCUUUAUUUCUUUGACAUGGCGGUCGAAAAGUUAAAAAUAAUAAGAGAAAAGAUGUCGCAAACGAUUACAUAUAUUAUUAUUUAAUUGCCCUAGAAAUUUAUUAUUGUGUAAAUAGGUGAAUAUUUGAACAGAUGUGUAUAAAUUUAAUAAAAUCGCAAAAGUAAAAUCUGGUUUAGUAAUACUUGUAUUAUAGUAACCCUUCUUUCUAAACAAUACUACUCUGUCAAGAAAGUACCGAGAGAAGAUCAAUAAUACA